AUGGCUUGUCCACCCACUAUUUACCAUGAUCUCGAUUUUGGCAGGCUAGGCCGCGGAGAGCUUGUGAAUCUAUUUUUGAAGGAUGCCGGGUUGGACUUCAAACAUGUCCUCUACCCCUUUGACAACGCCUGGCCAGAGACCAGCGAAAAGCUACGUCAGAGUGGACUUACAAGGACCGGUCAACUACCUGCCCUUGAGUAUGGCGGUUCUGUGAUCACCCAGCACAUUCCAAUUCUGCGUUAUCUUUCGCGCGAUCUCGGCGCUUACGAUGGUAACACCAACUGGGAGAAAUACUUGGUUGAUGCAGUGGCAGAUAUCUACAUUGACUGGAGGUCUCAAUGGGUAGCCAACCUGAAAGAAGUGACCGAGCCCUACAAGAAGGAUUAUGCACCCAAGUACUAUGAUCUCCUCGCCCAGUAUUACUCCGAUGUCGAUGGACCUUACCUCCUUGGUGACACGGUCACCUAUGCCGACUUCGCUGUUUAUCAGUCCAUUGACAACGAUACAAGAACGGGUACCAUUCCAGCAACUCUUCCCCCAGCUCUCACUAAACUUGUGGAGGCCUUUGAAGCGCGGCCAAAUAUUUCUGCGUACAUUGAACUACACAGGCACGCAAAGGCAUAG